AUGACACAAAGGAGCAGGAGAAAGACUCCUGAACAGGAUGCAAUAGACCAUAUCAUUCUGGGCAGAGACAAACCCUUCCUAGAGGCCAGGUUCAUCAACACGUUUAAAGGACGUGGUGUUUUUACACGGGAAUAUAUUGCACCGUCAACUUUUGUGGUGGAGUACCGUGGAAUAUUGGGUGUAAGUGAAGAUCUAGAUGUCAAAAAUAACAUCUUCUUAUUCGAUUUCAUCUGGUCUGGAAUGCACUUUUGUAUUAAUGCUUCAAAAGAGGAUGGAACACUUGGACGUCUUGCAAAUGAUAAUCACAGGAAUCCAAACUGCAGAGUGAAAAAAAUCGUUGUCAAGGGAACCCCACACUUGUGCCUAUUUGCUGUAAAGGAAAUAUUCCCAGAGGAGGAGAUAACUUACAACUAUGGGGAUUCUGCUUGGCCCUGGCGCUUAAAGGCUCCCCGGGAAGUAGCUUCUAACCCUGAGCCCGAGAGAGAUCCUCCGUUGUCCCCACAAACCAAAAUGUGUCAUCAUGAACUCACCAGUGCAGUUAUUUCCUCUUUGGAUAAUUGUCAUGAUUGCAGAGGACCUGUCUCAAGCCUCAAAUGGAUUGGUUUUACGUGUAAAUUAUGUUCAACCUCAUGGCACAAAACCUGCUUCAUCAAGAACAACGAGUCACCGAUGAAGGACAUCUGCCUUUCCAGUAAUGAGGGUUCCGUCAGUGAUAAAGACUACAUUCCUGAAACGGCGUCUAGCAGCGAUGGAUCCAGCGUCGAUGAAGACUGCCCACCUGACUCUGAAGCAAAUACUGAUUGGGAUCAUCUCAUUGCCACCAUCAGGGAUUCAAAGCCACCCCAUUAUCACAGUGCCCCUCCACCAGCUUCUACAGGGGACAGGACUGCAUCAGGCUUUUUGCACAUUCUUAACCUUAAGAACAAUGAGCUAGACCAACUAGCCAACUUCUUGGGCCAUGACAUACGGGUCCAUCGAGACUUUUAUCGACUGCCAGAGGCAACUAUUGAGAUUGCAAAAAUCUCAAAGCUUCUACUGGCGAUGGAGAAAGGAUCUUUGGCUGCAUAUCAAGGAAAAUCUCUUGACGAGAUUGAGAUUGAAGAUGAGUUGGAACCAGAUCUGGAAGAACUUCAGGGGGAAAACAUUGAUGGAGACGAGGAAGACGAUGAUGAUGAAGAUGAUGGAGACAUGGAACAUGAUGGAGAUGAGGAAAAAGAUGGAGACAAUGAAGAGCCAGAUCCUGCACAUGGAGUAAGGGGUAUGUAA